AUGAAAUCUUCAAAUAACUACCAACUUCUUGGCGAGCAAAACGAAAUAAAUGAGACGAUUGUUCAGAGUUUAAGCGAAAAGGAGAGCUGUCUUGGAACAACAACAGUAAAGAAAGAAUUUCGCGAUGACGUAGCUCUUCUCCGCGCUUUAGCCAUUCUUGCGGUUCUUGGUUAUCAUUUUUGGCCAAAAAUCUUCACAUUGGGAUUUAUCGGAGUUGAUGUUUUUUUCGUAAUCUCCGGUUUCUUGAUGAUGCAAAUGUUGGAAAUUUCUUCAAGCAAUCGACCGGAUCGAGGUACUGAAGACCUUCCUCUUCUCCAUUCGUGGUCACUCGGUGUUGAAAUGCAAUUCUAUCUAAUCGCUCCGUUUCUCUUUUACAUAUCAAAAAUCGAAAGUAACAUUUCAAAA